AUGCCUAUUACUCGAUCGGCUACACGUGCCAGUAAAAUAAAUACUGAGAAAACUACAACAAAACAUACGUCAAAGCAACAGAAGAACCCGCGCUCUAUCAUCAACAAUACCAUAAAGGCAAAUGGCGAGGAUCCAUUUCCAGUGGAAGAUCCACGCAGAUUGGUAGAAUGGAUAUCACUCAAAGAUCCACCCAAUAGUAUCAUCCCAAAUAGCGACGGCCUUUUUGCCACCCUACAAGAGAUACACAAACUCAAUGAAUGCAUUGUUAUCGCCCGAGGCCGUCCUCGUGAACUAAGAGGAAUUGAAUGGUUGAUUAUCGGUAAGCAACACUUACCUAUUGAUUGGAGAAGCAGCAGGGAUAGGGAAAAGUUUCUUCUUUCAGAGCUUUUCCUCAGAUUGAAUGAAGCUCUUUCACAGCGGUCGUGGAGCCAAGAAUUUGCCUGGUCGAGAAUUGGGGGGAUUAUACGCGCAAACCCGAUUUUCCCUCCACAAAAGCUUUAUGAGGUCUUGACAAUCUAUUUUCCUGCAGACUUAGAUCAAGAAGCUAUCCUCUCUAUUGAAGGGCUUAGAAUAUUCCCCUACUGGCAAUUUGAUGAUGAUGAAGAAGAAGACCUAGCUAAAUAUCCCUGUGCGGCACUCAAGUCCCAAAUUCCUUUAUGGAUAAAGGGGACUUGUGAGUACCAGGGACAAACUGCAAGGCGGUUAGCUCUUUUUAUUGUAUUCACUGACGAGGAAGGAGAACGAUUGUUUAAAGAAAAGGUGAAGUAUAACCGACGCGGAAGGCCACCUUGGGACGUCAUGAUGAAUUUCUUUGAUGAGCUAAAAGAUCUUGGGAUGAUCGGGUACGAAUCGCUGCAUGUUGAAUUCAUGGAGGUUGUUCAUUAUGCACCAGAGAACUACGUACCAGAACCUCCCCGAUCUAUAUCCCCUGAAACAAGGAAGCGUUUUAAUGAUUUACGAGCCCAGGAAGCCUAUGACUCAGAUAUGUCAUUAUAA